CUUCCUUGUCCGUUAUUUCUGAAAGUGAGCGACAGGGUCUCAGCCCUUCCUCCCUUUCUUGGUAAACUCUCUCUCUAUCUCUCCAAGGAAGAAACAAGACAAAAGGUCUCUAUCUCGUUACGAAAGAUCUCACUUCGUCUCGGUGGUUGAAAUUUUUUCUGCAAUUGACACUUUCAUUUUACCGUCUCCUUCAUUUCCUUCUCUAAAUCUCUAUGCUUGCUCUCUCUCCUUUUGUUGGCAUUCUGUGCGGCAAGACUACCUUGGUUUGUGCCGAUUCUGAUUGGUUUUGGCUUUCAUUUAUGUUAUCUUGAGCUUGAUCUGAUCGAAAAUCAUUGAUGAAGCGCUUUGUUUUCAUAUUGGUUAAAGUUGUGAGAUUAGACGGCUUGGUGAUUCAUUUUGGGUUUAUGGGUAUGUGAAGAAUGAGGGGUUUUGUGUUGGAAGAGACCUUAGAAGUUUUACUUCGGGGGGCUUUGAGUUCAAAAGGGUCUGCGCCAAUUUGCUGGUAGAUUGUGAUCGAAGAGAAUAAAGGUCGAAUUGACGCCGUAAUCUGAUAAUUAGGCUGUGAAUUCACAAGGGUUCUAUUCGAUUAGCUGAAUUCGAGAGGUUAAAAGUGGAACCAGUGGAUUUAUCUACAAUUCAGGCUCUGAAAUUUGAAAGGUUUGUAGGAUUCCACUAAAUGUUUCUGACGGCUCCUUCAAUUGAGAAUAGGGGUUGUGAUUCUUCAGCUCCUCUGGAAUGCAUCUUGAAUAUAGUCAGGGCCCUCAGAAUGGGGUCCUGCUUGUCUGCCGAAAGCGGGAGCCCACUCCCUGGUUCGCCAUUAUCCCCUGCGGUGGUCAAGAAGCGAAAGAUCUUAAAGAAAAGGCCAGGCUCUCGGACAUCUUCCUUCGAGCAUAGUAGGGAUGAACCGUUGCAUAGAAUUCCAGGGAGGAUGUUCUUGAAUGGGUCUAGUGAAGUGGCUUCUUUGUUUACUAAACAAGGCAAGAAAGGGACCAACCAGGAUGCCAUGAUUGUUUGGGAGAAUUAUGGUUCCAGAUCAGACACGAUUUUUUGUGGUGUUUUUGAUGGCCAUGGUCCCUAUGGUCACAUUGUUGCAAAGAGAGUGAGAGAUUCACUACCUCUGAAACUGAGUGCCCACUUGGAAGUGAACAUGACUGGUGAAGAUGUUCUCAAAGAGAUCAGCCUUAAUACUGCUGGAAGCAUGAACUCGGAAGAUACUCACUUCAUAUCUGCUGGUGAAGAAUCUAGGGCCUCCAUUGAUCUUCAAGAAGCAGAAAAGCAUCCUGAGAUCUUUCAGAUUCUCAAGGAUUCAUUUCUGAAAGCUUUCAGAGCCAUGGACAGGGAACUGAGAGCACACCUACAUAUUGAUUGCUUCUGUAGCGGGACAACAGCGGUUACUCUGGUUAAGCAGGGUCAGGAUCUUGUCAUUGGAAAUGUUGGGGACUCCAGAGCAGUAUUGGGUAUGAGAGACAAAGAUUAUUCUCUAGUUGCAGUUCAGUUGACUGUGGAUCUCAAACCAAGUCUUCCAGAGGAAGCGGAUAGAAUCCGAAAGUGCAGAGGGCGUGUUUUUGCUCUUCAGGGUGAACCAGAGGUUGCUCGUGUCUGGCUGCCAAAUAAUAACUCCCCUGGCCUUGCCAUGGCUCGUGCAUUUGGAGAUUUCUGCCUAAAAGAUUUUGGUCUGAUCUCUGUGCCCGAUAUAUCUUAUAGGCACAUCACCGAGAAGGAUGAAUUUAUCGUCUUGGCUACAGAUGGGAUUUGGGAUGUGCUAUCAAACAAAGAAGUGGUAGACAUUGUCGCAUCAGCCCCAGCACGUUCCUCUGCAGCUCAGUUCCUUGUUGAGUCAGCAAUUCGAGCUUGGAGAUAUAGGUAUCCAACUUCUAAAAUCGAUGACUGUGCUGUAGUUUGCCUCUUCCUUGACACAAACACGACGUCUGCUGCUUCUAAUACCAAGUUGAAAGAGCAGCUUACCUUUGUGGAUCAGGCUGAGGCUUGCAGUGAGAAAGAGGAGCUAUCCAACCCAACAACUACGGAUUUUGUAGGAACAAUCCAAACUGACAAUGAAACUCUGCAAAAGGAUGCAAUGAAGAGGCCUUAAAGCCUAAAGGAGGAAGAAAUACAUAUGGACGCUGGAAAAGAGUGGUCUGCUCUAGCAGUGUCUUGUGUAAACACGUUAUGAAACCUGCCUAGGUUUGUGCCAGGAAAGGAAGAGAAGGAAGAUGAUUACCUUUGUCUUUGAAGAUGGCGACUUUUUUUCCUUGUUAUUGUUUAGUUUUAAUUUUCUACAGAAAGGUAAAAAGAUUUGUAGGGUCAUUGAUGUUACAUCCGGAGAGGUGGGCCCGGCUAUAUUAGCGCGUCUGGUGGGAAAGCUUCCUCCGUCUCUUUUGGGUGGAAUUGGAAUUUUGUUAAAAAUCCAUCUAUACGCCAAUUUUCUUUAAAUUUUUUAUUUUAUUUUUUAUAACAAUACAAUGAUUUGUUGGUGAUUGUAAUGUUCUGGAUGUAGACAUGCAGCAUAGCUCAUGCCAUGUUUUUUAACUUAAUGCAUUUGCUGUAAAAGAUAUUUUCUUUCC